CUCAUGAUCUAUGGAACUGCUUUAUCUUGGGAAAGGACAUUAUAAGUGUAGCGGAACUGGACUAGGUCGAUCAUUGGCGACCAGGUAGAGUUCGGAGGAUUCCUGGUUUGAACCCUGGUCUGGCUGUGCAUUUUUACUCUCCUGUUACAGUGGUGCCUGUGACCAACCCUUGUUUCAAGCAUAAUGGUGUAUGCUUGACAAGGGGAUACCCAAACCUGGGUUGUAAUUAGUUGUGUCUUCAGAGACGAAGACUUAGAAAAAGCAGGGAGGAAUGUAGCGGAACUGGUCUGGGUCGAUCGUCCGGCAACAAGCUUAAGGUAAAAGUAGGCAAGGGCAGUUAGAGAGCUUUAAAAUGGCAGUAUUCAUAAUGGAUGCCAAGAAAAUGUGGGAUGAAGUUCUUGACCAUGCAGAUCCGCGUGUAGAGGAUUGGUUCAUGAUGUCCAGCUUCAUUCCCAGUCUUGUUAUCUGUGUGUUGUAUGUUAUCAUAGUGCAAUUUGGUCCUACAAUUAUGGCAAAUAGGAAACCAAUGGAGAUAAAAAAUGUCUUGUUGGUGUACAAUCUGGGAAUGGUGGCCCUUUCUACGUACAUUUUUAUGGAGUUCCUGUUGUCAGGUUGGGCCGUUGGAUACAGCCUACACUGUCAGCCGGUGGAUUACUCAAAUUCUAAGGCUGCUGUAAGGAUGGCAAGUACCUGCUGGUGGUUUUAUAUAUCAAAAUUCAUUGAACUUUUUGACACAAUUUUCUUCAUAAUGCGUAAAAAGUUUAGCCACGUUUCAUUCCUUCAUGUAUUCCAUCAUGGUAUUAUGCCCUUCUCCUGGUGGUUUGGAGUCAAGUUUGUGCCAGGUGGGUUUGGUACCUUCCACGCUCUGCUGAACUCCUUUAUCCACCUGAUGAUGUAUACCUACUACGGUCUGGCAGCGCUGGGUCCCCAAUACCAAAAAUUCCUCUGGUGGAAAAAGUAUAUGACAAAAUUGCAAUUGACCCAGUUUAUACUCUGCCUAGUUCACGCCUCACAGUUGCUGUACAUAGAAUGUAACUACCCGACCCUGUUUGCCUACUGGAUUGCACUGUACGCUGGGAUAUUUCUGGUGCUGUUUGCGCACUUCUACUACAAAGCAUACAUCUCUCGGAAGUCGAAACCACAAAGCAAUGGUGCUGCGCAAAACGGUGUGAAGGAGAAAGCUAAUUGAUGUUACAGAUGAUUAGUUCAGUAGUUGUUUCAAAAUUGUUAGUUAGAGAUCUGAUAUUUUUUUUUUUAUAUUUUAUAGGAAAUCCUUUGAUUCGUGCUUUGAUUACAUUAUGAACUUUUAUGAAUGUAGUCAUCAUUGUUUAGAUAUAUACUUGAAUGAUUUUAAGAAUGUAUAUAAAGUUAUAUACAUAUGUAAUAACAUUAUAUAAAUGCAUAACAUCAGUAUGUGCAAAACUACACUUGACUACACAAAUAAUGUCUUGUAAAAUUGUGUGUGGUUAGGAAAAAAUACUUAAACCUUGAAUUUUUGGUUAGACAAGGAAUUAAAUCUUGAAAUAUUGGUUAGGCAAGGAAGGAAAAUACAAACAACGUUUCGGUCUGGUAAUCAUUCCAAUGGUUUUGCACACACUGAACAUAUGUACGAACUAGGUUGUGAUAAAGCGGUAUACAAGAACCUUGAAUUAUUAUUAUUAUUAUUAUAUUUUUAGCUGCAUCCAUAGUAAUUACAUUUGUGAUUCUAGCCUAUCUCUUGGUGAGACAUACUUGUCUUAGUAUAAAUAUUUUCAAUGAAAAGAUUAACAAUUUAACUUUAGUCAGUAUGUGUCAUUCCAAUUUAACUCAUUUACCCCUGAAAUGUCAUAAUUAACUAUUCCAACCUUUGAACUGAAAGAGCUUAAAUGAGUCUUCAAGGGUGAAUGAGUUAAUGCCUAGAGGUGCUUACCGGUAGGUUAUCACCCUGGUAAUGCCAUGUUAAUGUGUUUAGCUCACCUGGCCCAAAGUUCGUCCGGACCAGUAUGUCCAUUUGGCAUCAACAUUUUAUUUUAAAUUAUUUUUUCUAAAUAACCAAGAGGCCUAGGGGGAUGAUAUUUAGCCAGUAGC